AUGCGUGCAAAUUGUAUUAUAUUUCCACAGCCAACUGUGAAAGUAUCAUCUGUAUUACCGCCUACUAGACGUGAAUUAGAUGAAGUACUUGCUAUUCUGUGGACAGGUCACAUUGCUCCAGUACUGGCUGAUUUUAAACGAGCACCUGUACUUGUGCGUCAGAAGGUUGUAUAUGAAGCACUAUUAUGGUUGAAACUGAAUCAUCCUGAUUAUAAUGAUGUUAUUAUAUCAGAAAAUAAUCUCUCUGAGUACUCUGACAAUAUUCCACCUGUUCAUAUUUCACACUUGCCUACAGAAAAUUUGUCAGAACCUCAUAAUCUCGCUGUUUUUCAGUCUGAAGACGAAAUUGCAACUGAAGAUGGACCAUGUCCAUUUGCAGUACAUGGUCUUAUGGGUGCGGAUUUAGAAGAAUUAACUGCUGAUCAGCAAAAAUAUAUUGCAUUACAACAUCUACAUUCAGGGAAUAAGGUUCUUGCUAUUGGUCAUGGACAGUAUCCCAUUUCAACUUUUGAAAAUCCAAAAUAUCUAGCAGCAAUGUUCCCAUGGUUAUUUCCCUAUGGUUUAGGUGUGAUAGGAAAUAAGAAUAUAAUAAAGCCUGUAUCACGAGAUAAGCAUGUUGAAUGGUUAUUAAUGUAUCAUGAUCUCAUAUUCAGGGCUCUAACAUUGGACGAAGACGUAUGCGUCAAGAAAUUAAGGCCAUGA